CAGCAGAGCGCACUGUGCGCACUAGCGGGACGCGCAGUCAGUGAACAGCGGCUCCCAAACCUGCAAUCUCAGAGCGGACACGGACAGGGGUUUCAGUAUUGCAACGACCUGAACACCAUUCAUCCUAUGGACUUUAGGAAGGACACAAACUCACAAAUGUUGCUGUUUUUUGUGCUCCCCUUCUCCGUUUGAAGUUACCAGACACUUUUGUUGGGACAUGGCUUCAUCCGUGAGCGGCACAGAGGAGGUGCGGGUGUCGGGGCUGACGCCACUGAAGUUUGUGGGACUGGUGUGCGUCUUCCUAGCGCUUUGCCUGGAUGUCGGGGCCAUCGUGAGCCCGGCGUGGGUCACGGCGGAGGACCAGUACUACCUGUCCAUGUGGGAGUCCUGCUGGAAGCCCGUCAGCUCCGUGGACUGGUCCUGCAGCAGCACGCUGGCCGCCGACUGGCAGAUCGCCACGCUGGCCCUGCUGCUUGGAGGAGCAGCCCUCACCCUGCUCUCCUUCCUCGUGGCUCUGGUCUCCCUGUGCUUCGGCUCCAGGAGUCGCUGCUACAAACCCGUGGCCGUCAUGCUGUUCUCCGCAGUGGUUCUUCAGGUCUGCAGCUUGGUCUUGUUCCCAAUCAAGUUCAUAGAAACAGUCAGUCUGAGGAUGUACCACGAGUUCAACUGGGGCUACGGCCUGGCCUGGGGAUCCACCAUCUUCUCUUUCGGAGGCGCCAUCCUCUACUGCCUGAACCCCAAGAACUAUGAAGAUUACUAUUGAAAAUGUCACAAAGGAGAAAAAAAACAUAGUGUUUUCAUGCUGUCGUUUAAUAAACAUUCUCUGUCCCACAGUGCACAACCACAGAUGGAAAACAGGAAAAAGCAAAACGCUUGUCGACGGUGUUUGUACUAAACUCUUCUGUUUGAUGCUGUGAACUCCCAAACUGGAUAGAUGCCCAUGAGUUUUAUUAAUAGGCUAAACCACAAAUCCAAAGCAGAAAAUCAAACCCAGCCAGAAGACAUUUUGAGAGAUAAUGUCACUAGUCAGAUAAUUAUGUGCAGCUCAUGUGGGUCGUAGAUUUGAGCAGAAAAUAUGGAACAGUGGAAUAAUAAAGUAGUCAGGGCAGAGAAAAGUCUGCGGUGAUUUCAGGCCAGCGUAGGGAGGAAGACGUCCUGUUCAAGUUAUAUCCUGGUGAUGACAAAGCGAGGAAGACAGGGUAACAUUUUACAUUUCCCCAGAGAUGCUCCGAGUUGGACCUCAAACAACGUUUUCUUAAGGGCUAUUUUAACAGAGAAUGCAUUCCACAGACACCUACUGAUUAUAUGAUUCUAGUCAGAGAAACAUCUGCUGGGUUGUUAUUAGCACAAAGUGGCAGUGUCCAUUUUUCAAUACAAUAUUAUUAUUUUUUUUUUAAUAUAUCUGUUGUACUAUAUGUAAUAUAAUCAGAAAGUAUGCAAUCCUAGAAGAGUGGGAAUUAAAAAUUACCAUGCUUGCUGAGUGAAUACAUGUCUGAAUCAGGGGUGUCCAAAUAUCGGCCCAUGGGCAAUUUAUGGCCUCUGAAAACAAUUCAAGAAUGGUUCAGACACUAGAUGCAGAAGUUACACUUUGUAAAAAACAAAACAAAAAAAAACAAGAUUUUCUCUGGUUGUUCUUAAAAUGUACAAUGUUUAGGUGCAACACAAAGUAUUUUGCUUUUGCAAAAUACAUUGUGUUUUUUUAUAGAAAAUGCCACCACAAACAUCCUGAAAUCUUUUCUUAAGAGCAGCACCAGUGGUCUAAAAUUGACUAAACACAGAAAGUAUUUACAGUACUGAUGCUUAUCCUCUUAUUCCAAAAAGGUUUUAGACCAAAUCAGUAUAAGCCAACCAACCAAACAACAAAAUUUAGGAUGUUUUUGGUCUUUAAAUAAGGCAAAGGUGUGAGGUCCAGUUUACAUUUCAGUUUUACAACAAAUUACAGAUCUAGAGUAAAAGAAAAAAAAGUAAAUCCUUUAUUUUAAAAGCAAUUUAAACUUUCUUAUGAGACUGUUUAAAGUCUCUUCAGUCAAAAAGAGGCUCUGAAAAAGAGGCUUUUUCAGAGCCUCUUUGAUACAGACUGCUACAGGAUAUUCUUCCUGCCUACAACUAUGAUGAAAAUUAAAUAAGUUAACAUUUAAAUUUCCCUGAAAUUAAUAAAGCAUAAUUGAUUAUUAUGAUCGAGUCUUAGAAUGAAUUACACAAUCUUAAAACACAAAAAUAAAUAUGUCUUAGAACUUAACUUUUAAAAAGUUUUGACCUGAAAAUGCAUUCAACUUUGAUUUUUGCCCCUGUGGGAAAACCUUUGCACAGCCUGGGUGAUCAUGCUCCUCAGCAUGUGCUCACAGUGGUCCCCAUGUGAUGCUUGUUUAUCUUCCCACUCUGCUGAAAUGCAACAAGAAUGGGUAACAAGGAGAAAAGGCACUGUAGUUGAGGAAAGUUGUAUAUUUAAGUUUGAUAUUAAAGCGGGGGUUAAUAAAAAUUGUAUUUAAAGUAACAGAGUUUAACGUGCAGAAGGUUUGAUGCGAGGAUGAAUGCAAUGAUCAACCUCAUAGUGCUUCAUCUUCACCAAGUGAGAGCAUGUGCAUGCCACUACUGUUUGCUGCAAUGUUUAUGAUUAUCAACAUAAUAAACGCACACUGGAGGAAUAAAUAAAAGUUUGGU